AGGGACAGAUCUCCCAAACUCAAAUUGGGGGAAAAAGUAUAAAUACAGAGAGAGAGGAGGGAAAGAAAGAGUGUUUGUUUCGUGAUGGCGAAAGAAGCGAUCAGGAUUUGUGGGGCAAAACACGAGAACAUGCGAUGCGAAUGAGAAUGGGAAUGGGAAGGGGACUGGAUCGUGUGUGAGGCUGUUUGGCGUGAAUAUUGCGUCGUCGCCGGAACCACAAGAACAACAGCCGAUACAGAAGAGCCUUAGCUUGGGCAAUCUGCAGGCGUUAGAUCAGGAGGAUGAUAGUGCUGAUCAUUUCGUUGAGGCUGGGUAUCUCUCCGAUGGUCCUGUUGCUCAUUCCAGGAGAGGCAAAGCUGCCCACGAAAGAAAGAAGGGGAAACCAUGGUCAGAAGAGGAACACAGAACAUUUCUAGCUGGUUUGAAGAGGCUUGGGAAAGGGGACUGGAGAGGAAUUUCAAAGAAGUUUGUGAUAAGCAGAACCCCAACACAGGUUGCAAGCCAUGCACAGAAAUACUUCAUCAGACAUGCUUCCACCGAUCGGAAGAAACGCAGAUCAAGUGUCUUUGACCUGCCUCUUUCAGAACCAGAAGCCUCUGCUUCCAAAGCAACACCAAAUCUGCCUCCAGUCAAAACUGUAAAACCUUUAUCAAAGGCAAGUUGAUAAUGUAGUUUCCAAAUCAACACUUAAAAACUUGAGAAAACAUAGUUGUGAAUGUGGUCCCUGUCCUUAUGGUCAUGCAGGCUAGGAACUCUUCAGUUUUGCUGUCGAAUCAUGCUGCGGAGACCCAAGCAAAUGCUAUUACUGCAGCUCAGAUUAUGAACCGGUUUCCGAACCUCUGUUUGGAUCAACCACCAGUAAUCAGUCCUGCUUCUCCAGCAGUUAAUUGGAAGUACUAUUACAGCACUUCAGACAUCCUGCAAGCUAUCUCUGGAAGAGGCCAAAGCUCUUUUGGUACUAAAAUCAUGCCUGCAGCUUCACCAUUUGUGCACCAGAUAAUGAAUCAUUCCAGGAUAGACCCAAUUGUUAAUAGAUACAGUACAUAGUUGAGUUUCUAGCUUUUCAUCAAAUCAGUUCGUUUCUAUUUUGACACAAUUGUUAAAUUUUGAACAAUUGCCCUUUUUUGAUAAGUUACAGAUAUUCAAAUACUA